AUGGUACGGGCUGCAAGGGCACCCGUGCCCCUCAAGCCCGUGCCUCUUAAGACGGUCCAUACCUACCCCACCAAGACCGGCAAUGCGUCUCUCAGCAUCUUCUCGUAUCCGCAGCGUGUGCCCACCUUCAUGGGCGGCAGCUACGAGCGCGGAUGGGGUCCAUUAGCCGGCACGGUCGAUAUCCAGGUCACCGAACCGUCGGGCGACCGCAUCAACGCCAUCAAGCUCACGCUUACCGCCACACAAACCACUACCGUGCCCAAAACGGCAUCGACAGAUGCGCCCUCUGCGCUCGAUCGCAUGGCCAUCGAUCCGGACGAGACCAAGACCAAAGAGGUCACGCUCCUCCAACUCGAGCAGGUUCUCUUUGAGCCGCUCAAGACCGGCGACGCAGACUACAAUCUGCUGCCCCAGGGCAAGCAUUCGUACCCGUUCAGCAUCGAGCUGCCUCUCUUGGGCAAUAAGGAGAAGAAGAAUGCACCGCUCCUGCCACCCUCGUGCGUCAUCGAGCCGUUGAUUCUGGGACCCAGCGAAGCAAAAGCUCGUCAAGCCUCCUCGGGCAUCUUUGGCAAGUCGAAAGGCAAAGAUGUAGUCCGACCGGCGUGGGUGACGGUCAAGUAUCAGCUCAAGCUGACCGUUCAACGAUCCGGCCUGCUGAAGCGCAAUCUUCGCAGCUAUGCACCGUUCGUCUAUCUGCCGCCCCCGCCGACCGCCGCCGCAUCCCUACUGCUUCAACGACGAGCGCUCGGAGCGUCCAUGGCAGCGAUCGUGCUGCAACGUCAAGGCGAUGGCUGUCAGCCGAUCGAGACGCCAGAAGAGUGGCGCCAACGCCCGCUCUCGUUCCUCACAUCGCCCAACGGUCCACAGAAGCUCGUUGGCGGACCGGAGAAGAAAGGAGGUUUUCUAUCCGGCCUCUUCAGCGGACCUAAGAAGCAGGAUGUGGUGCAUUGGCACGAAGCUUGGACGCUCUCGAUGCCGAUGAGUGGUCGCUCUUCGUUCCCGCUUCGCUCCGCGAUCCCCUUCAUUGUGCGCUGCACCACCAACAAGCCCAUCGAUCUCAGCGGCUCCUCGCCGCUCGCGUUUCGACUUUAUCGAAGGGUGCGUCUGCUGACGGGCAAGAAGCAGCGCGCCAUCGCCAUGCAACAGGAACCCGUUGCUGAGGCAGCCCUGCGAUAUGCCGUCGAGGCGCGCGGCGUUCAUCGCAUCAACGGCAUCAUCUCGCUCCCACCCAACUGCGUGCCCAACUUUGAGAUGCACAAUCUGGCGCUCGACUACUACGUCGCCGUGGUGCGACUGCACGAUGGUGCGGUGCUGCAUAAGGAGGCUGUCAACUUGGCCUGUCCUCCGCCUGUCGAGCCGAGGACUGCGUAUGGACCCUAUCCGUCCGGUCUCGCGUGGCGCGAGGCGAGAACGGCAGCGCUAUCGCCACAACCAUCGCCCUCGUCGAGCGACGAUUAUUCGCCACCCCUUGCACCGCGGUCGGAAGUAUCGGCGGGGAUGUCGCCAUCGUUGUCGUCGCGAGCACGGCCGAGCUUCAGCAGCAUGGCCAGUUCGAGCUCGUCUAGCGCUCACGGGACGAGUAGGCGCACGUCAGUGGCUCCCUCCUUCCGAUCGUACCGCAGCGGCUCGACCGAUUCGAACUUACACGGGUCUGCAGCGAGCACGUUGAGCCAUUCCACCAAUACCGGUGCCACUGCAGGGGCUGCACCGAUGGGUCUGGCGGGCAUGUCGAAUCCACCACCUGCGUCUUCGGCGGGUGCAUCGGGUUUGGGCUACAUGCAGUUUACGGGCAACCUCGACCCUGUCCGAGAGCAGGGUCUGGCGCCAGCAUCAUUGCGAGCCGGUCCUGCCUCGUCAACCAAGCGCGGCUCGCAACCCGACACGACCCUCGCCGCAGCCGAUAUGAGCGACACGGCGUCCAUCGCGAGCAGUCGGCGACAGACUCGAUAUUCGGCAUCGGGCGCCGCACCGCUCGCCGAAGCUGGUGGCUCGAGACGCUCUUCGAUCGACCCAGAUGCGAUGCGAUUUGCCGCCAUGCAGGAGAAGACCGGCUCACUGGACCUGGGUGCUUCCUCGGAUGGUGGACACACUCGACGCGGGCUGUUCGUGACCAACGCCGAAGAUCUGCCCCGCAUUCCGGCCAGUGCGUCGACAUCAGCCCGCGAGCAAGCGAAUGCGCUCGUGGGCGGUUCUGCAUCUCGUCGAAAACCCCGUCAGAAGCGGACUGACAAGCAACGUCCCGAAAGCGGCUCAACUUCACGUCGACGCAACCCAGCCGCUGCGUCAACCAGCAGACCCCUUCCCAUCCCCCCAUCGACAGCAGCAAUUCGACCUCCUUCACCAACAAACACACUGUCUCCACCACCAGCGUUUGCACCAGCAGCAAACGCCCACGAGACGACGCUUAUGGACGACUCGGCGCUUUUCGAAACGGACGAUGCGAUGUAUGGCGAGGAGAUGGAACUCGAUCUCCCGCCGAGCUAUUUUGAAGCCGUACAUGGGGCGGAGGAGGAUGACGAUGGGUGA